UUUUAAUUGAUGGAGUUACUGAAUGGACUUCCUAAAAGUAUUCGGCAUGAAGAUAUUAAAUUUUUGUCUUCUAAGACAGCAGAAAAUGCGAUUUCAAAUGGCACGCUUGAGUCCGAAAGAAUUUUCAAUCGUCACUUAGUUAGUGAAAAUUUGGAAACAUUACUGAAAAAAUGGUUAGAUGAAGGUGAUGAGCAAUGUGCAUUUUAUCUCGGUCAAAUUUACUUCGAGAAGGAGAAAUAUAACGAAGCGUGGACUUAUUUCCGAAUGGGUUAUGAAAAGUUUAAUGAUCAUAAAUCGAAGUUCCAACUCGGUAUUAUGUUAUAUGACAAUCUAGUCAGUAAAGACGUGACAAAAGUUUCAAACCCACAAGCUAAAGCUUGCGAAUUUUUUAAGGAGAUUAUGACCUUGAACGUCCAAUUAGCUUUACCCGUCGACCAAAGAAACUUGGUUUUUAGUGCAGCCUUUAAUCUUGGAAGAGCAUAUUAUCAAGGCUACGGAGUAUGUCCAUCUACGGAAGAUGCUUUGAGGUGCUUUUUAUUUGCUGCAAACAAUGGUGAUUCUAAAGCUUGCAUUUCAGCUCAAACGGCACUUGGCUAUUUAUACUCAGGACCAGAAAUUCGUGAUUUACAAAAAGCGUUUCAAUGGCAUUCUGAUGCUUGUGGAAAUGGUAGUGUUGAAUCUCAAGCCGUAUUAGGUGUAAUGUAUUUAUAUGGAAUAGGUGUGAAAGAAAAUUGUGAUAAUGCUUUAUUCUGUUUAUCUGAAGCUUCAGCCAGAGGCAGUUUAUAUGCUAAAGCAAAUUUGAUUUACUUUUACUAUCGACGGAAAAUGUUUACGAAUGUAUGUUACUUGGCUAGCAGAAUGGUAACUUGUGACAAUUUUGUGACAACAUCAGAAUGCAUACAAACAUUUCAAUAUCGAGCUAUGUCAAUGGCAUGUUUUCUUUAUGCAUUAUGCUUAAAAAGUGGUAAAGGUGUACAAAAAGAUGAACUAUUAGCUGAUCAGCUAUUCUCUAAGAGUGUUGAAUGGGACCCACCAUUAGCCGCGAGAUAUGUAAAUUUAGUUAUAGCAGGCGAAUUGUAAAUAUGGAGAUAGAAAACAAACUCUAAGAAUUCAAUCUGAUAUUGUCACAAUUUCUUUGAUAAACAUCACUCAAUGACUUCAAAUUCAAUAAUUUCCUCCUAUGUAUUUUUCUUAAUAUUUUAAUUUGUUGGUAUAAACUACUGUUUUUUCUUGUAAAUCUUAUACGUUGAUUUAAUAAAUAACCUAUCUUAUUGAA